AUGGACGCUCGCCCGCCUGCACCGCCGUCCACGUGCCCGCCUGACCGCCCUCUGAUCCGCCAUCCAAACCACCAGCCGUCGACCGCACACGCUUUCGCCGGCUACCCACCGUCGACGCAGCCCCAGCCGCCCCAGCCCCAGCCCCAGCAGCCCCAGCAGCCGCUGCACGUACCCUUCUCGACCUCGACCGACCCGUAUGCCUCGCCUCGACGCGAUCCUUUCCACCCGCAAACCUCGCACCACGCACGGCACCGCAGCCACGGAGCGCCUGAGAGCGCGUCGCAGGCCUACAGUGAGAGCGACGGCGGGUGGGAGAGCACAGCUCGUACAGCUCGACAGCUCGUCCAGCUCGCAUCGCUGGCUGGGCUGGAGACGCGAGGGAGUGAGAGGGGCUGCCAUCUCGGCGAGGCGCCCGUUGCGCGAUUCUCUGAUGAUGCCGUCUCCGCACACCGCACACUUGGCGAGCUCGCCAAAGCUGCCCUAUGCACCUCCUAA